AAUCACCUCCUCAUUCCAUUCUACACUCCUGUCAGCAGCACUUCCACGAGCUUCGUCAUCAGGAAAAAUCGCAACAAAAAAACCCGAAGCCAUGGACCCCGAGCCGGAACCUACCACCGAAGCCACCGCCACCACCUCGUCCAACCCCGUGUACAACAAAAUCCACUGUAAGGAGGUGACCAGCUUCCUGCUGAGUGGGUCCUGCGCGGCCUCCCUGAUGCACCUGUCCCACCAGUCGGAACCGUACGCCCACGGCGCAGUUUCGUUCCUGCUGGUCAAGGCCCUGCUCAGGACGCUGGAGUACACCUUCGCCGAAUCCCCCAAGCCACUGGACCAGCUCAACCGAACCACCUCCAAGCUGGCCAAGUUUGUUCCGUUGACGCUGCUGAACGCGGAGCUGUUCCGGAAAACUGGCUUGCUGAACGACUGGAACGAUGCCAGCCUGGGACUGCUGAUGGCGGCGUCCGUCCCAACGGCACUGGCCCUGACCGAGCUGAAGGAGUCCCACUUUGACCGGGUGGCGAUGAUCGUUAACGGUGGGAACCUGCUGGCGCUGGGCCUGCUCGUGGCCAAGCAAGGAAGUGGGCUGUGGGGAGCCGGGAUGGGCGCUGUUUGCGCCAUGGAUUGCUUCCUCGCCGGUCACAUUGCCCGCUGGGUACGGCUGACGGAGUCCAACACGCGGAAUCUGCUGCGGAGCUGUUUUGUCGGGAUGAUGCCGUUCUUCCUGAAGUCGAUAAAACUGGCAUCUGCCCAAUCUUUGGACCUACUAAACGUUGAUCCACCAAAUUACACAAGAUUUGUUGAAGCCCUAAGAUUCUUUUUAGAAUAUCUUGAACUGUUUAUUCUGGUGAAUGGAUGAAAAGAAU